CCGAGCCCGACGAUUGAUGGCGCGCUGCUUUAUUGCACAGAUCCGUUGCAACCCAUCGUUUGCCGUCGCCUGCGUCGUCGCUUUCGAAUCAACGGGCGCACUGCCAGCAUCACCAAAGGCCAACACGCGGACGCGAGAGCUGGAUUAAAAUUAUGCUUUUUGUUUUGCUCCCGAUGUAGUUCCGUGGAAAGAGUUUCGGCAAACGGACGACAGCCACGACGACGACGACGCAGCAGCAAACGACGACGGUAGCGUGCGCCGUCGCGAAUUUUUCGAUAGUUGAUCGCGAUCGCGUGAUUUUGGCAGUACUGCAUUGCGCAGGAUACGGGUCCUGGCCGCGCGUGUGGAGGGAUUCGAGCCCCCUAAGGAACAGAUAAGCACCAGUUGUGAGAUAAUAUAUACGAAAACAAUGAACAUGUUAACAUGAUAAUCUUUACCUAGAUCAGGUUCAUCUGAGUGAAAUUUAUUGCAAAUCGAUCGGCCCGAUACUGAAUUAAUUUGCAAUUACUUAUCCACAAAGACCACCGUGUGUAAGCGACGAUCUUAUUCAACCCCGCUGGAAAUCCAGGAUCGAGGAGGCGUGAAAAAGAAAUUACAGCGCAAGAAACGUGAAGUGAAAAGUUUUACCGAAGAACGAGCGCGAUCGCCACCGCCACCUCCACCCGCAACCCUCAUAAUCGAGAGUGACAGUCCGGUGCGCGAAGCUAACGCAUGAGAAUGCUCGCGAACCACAAAUGGUUGUAAAUUAAAUAAUUAUUUCAUUAGCGCGGCUCAGCCCCGGCUGGCUGUGUGUUGUUGGUGGGGUGUUUGUGAAGAUACCGACUGAUGGAAAGCCCGUAAUUGCAAGGAAGAGCAGCGCACUGCACCGGCAUGGCGCACAUUUUGAAUAAAUUUUCGGAGCGGAACGAACACUGAAAAUGGGAGUGCAAAGAUCGGUGGUUUAUUAACACGCAAUAAAAUUGGAAGGUGUGAACAAUACGUUUGAUGAAGUGGAUUGCGGUGGUGAAUAUUAAAGUGAUUCAAGGUGCAUUAUUACUUUGUAGCGGGUGGAAAGUGAAUAGUCUGUGAUCUCAAAAGUGCAAACAUGGAUGUGUCGGGGAGCAUGUCCGGGGCGAACUCCCUCAACAUGAGGCCGUUCUUUAGUGGAUAUCCUUUUCAAGGUCAAGGCCGCGUCAAUCAGCUCGGUGGGGUGUUCAUCAAUGGGCGCCCGCUGCCCAAUCACAUCCGGCUGAAAAUUGUUGAGAUGGCUGCCGCCGGCAUUCGGCCGUGCGUGAUCUCCCGCAAUCUGCGCGUUUCCCAUGGCUGUGUGUCCAAGAUACUGAACCGCUACCAGGAGACCGGCUCGAUUCGUCCCGGUGUGAUUGGGGGCUCCAAGCCGAAGGUGGCCACACCGGAAGUGGAAACCCGCAUCGAGGAGAUGAAGAAGAUGAAUCCGAACAUUUUCAGCUGGGAGAUACGCGAAAAGCUGAUCAAGACCGAUCCAAGCGCGGGCUAUAGCAGCGCGGACGGCGGCCUCCACAGACAGCCAGGCGCAGAUUACCGAUGUCGUGAGCUCCGUACUCAAAACCACAGAAACAACGAGAAAUCGUUAAAUUUAACAACCUCAAUCGUCGACCACACUGCCGUGUGCUUUGUUGUGAUCGUUCCGCCACCGCCGAACACGCGGUGCCAGCCCAAAGCUCAUUCGUGUCCACGUACGGCACACACUGAACCGUUUCGCCCCCAAGGAAGGACCGCAAACACUUUCCACGAUCCACGGAUCGGAACCUCGCUGAGCACCGAGAACAAAAGCAAAACCAGCGAAGAAAGCAAAAUCUGCAUAACAUGCCUGUAA